AACGCAAUGAGUAGUGUGCACCAGAAGCAGAACACAUGCGUUGGCUCGUGGCUCGUCAUUGCCCUGCUCGUAUCACUCGGCGAAAGUGCUAGUGGAUUGCUCUGCCGUCAGUGCUUCAGCCUGUAUGGAUGGGACGAGUGCGAGGAAACGGCCAGGGACAUUCGCUGUACGACGCAGGGUGUCACUUCGUCACACCUUAACCUGCUGCAUCAGAAUCCCUCGCUGGCGGUUGGCAACCAUAGCGAGUUUAGCUGCUUCAAGUAUCAGGCACGGAUCAACCGGUACAACGAUCGGGGACUGGUCACUGGGUAUGGGCGUGGGUGCACUUUUGCCGUUACAGAUUUUUGCACCGGUUGGAAGCAAGCGGUAGCAAUUAAGCAGUGUGACGUUUGCAGUGACCGGGAUCUGUGCAAUAGUGGACGCCUCUCGGUGGGGUCAGUUUACCUGUUGGUGAUAAUAAGUCUGAUGAUUGUUGGGAAACAUCACUCUAUAUUAGAUUUGAAUCGAAAAUAAAAUUGCUCCUAACAAUUUAUAUCCUCUAGAUUGAAUAGCAAAUCAAGAACGGCGGCAGCGCAAUCGGCACCAGCCUGGAUAGACUCACUGCUGGGUAGGUCUUCCAGUAUAGACCGUUUACAAAUUUCGAAAUCAGACUUGGGGACAGAAUCCCUUCUCGUUUGGAUCUUCAACAUCAAACAAUCGCGAAUUUUGUGGUCCGUGCUGUUGCACAGGAAACAUCGUUUCUCCGGCUCUUCUCUGGUAGCAGUCAAAAGUCGCCAGUCCGCCGCCAUUCGUUGCUCCUGUCUGGCGUUGUACUCCGCUAGCAAUCUGGCUCUAACCGAACAUAACGAGAACAGCUCCGGAGAGCGCUGAAUUUCUCCUACGGUUGAUGCAUACGAGGGUGGUAGACUGGUCAGCAGAAAGAUGGCCUUCAUGGAAUCGUUCAUCGUUAAAUUAGCAUUCUCCAUUUGUUCGCAGAGUUUGUCAAACUCCAGCAGAUGAUGCCACAUGUCGCCACUUUCAGAGAGAUGGACUUGGGUAAUUUUUUUCACCAGCAGUAUUUUAGCGGCGACUGAGUUGCUGUCGGUAGAAAAUGGAUUUCGGAAGCUCAUUUUCUGUUUAAUCUCGACUUGGUCUUAUUGAUAACUAGUAACAACCGGGGAGAAGCGAUUGGUAGUAACUGUUGCGACUAGACUAUAUAAUUCGAAUGAUAGAUAACUUACGUUAUUGAUUCAACCAGGCACUUCAAAGUUGAACGCAAUAACUCUCCAACUUUUUCAGCGAAGCCUGCACACAGAUAAGCGUAAAUUUGUA